AUGUCGGCGAAAACAAAUGGUUUCGCUCAAGGGACAGUCCUAAAGGUCGCAUACUCUAUGCUUGGCCUGACAAGUUCCGUUGUCCUUACUAGAAUCGUUCUCAACAUCCUCAAACCAAGAAGACUAACAGCUUCUGACUACUUUGUUUUCAUCGCUUUCGUUUUUCACGUUACCAAGUGCACCCUUUACGUUGCACUAUCGCCCUACAUGCAGAGGGUGUAUGCUGUCUCAAAUGGGGAAACAGAACCUUAUCCAGAAUUGUUGCAUGACAGGAUCUUGAUGGCCAAGAUGGUCUUCAUUGCCUUCUGCAUGUUCUGGGCAGUGUUGUGGUCGAUCAAAUUGUCUUUGCUCCUGCUCUAUAGAAGACUACUGGUUGGUAUCUCUCAACGCUACACCGUUGUGUGGUGGUGUAUAGCUGGAAUCUGCUUAGUAACUUUCGCUGGCAACUACUUCUUCUACUUCCAAUCAUGUGGGACUAUACCCGGAUUUUGGACAGGAGGAUGUACUGGUAAAGGUCCGCACAACACCCAACUCAUCAGCCUUUACUACUCUUUCUCUGCAGAUACAUCGACAAACGUGAUGAUCAUGGCACUUCCGAUAUGGCUCACAUGGAAUCUGCAGAUGCCACGCAGCAAGAAGGUAUCAAUAUUGUGUCUCUUUGCAACGGGUGUCAUCUGCAUUCUCUUCGCCUGUCUCCGAGUCACUCAGGUUGCGAUCAACGCAGCAAAGCCUGAAGCUAUAGGUCAACCACUCGAUCCUACCUGGCUUGCUAUCUGGGGUAUGGUGGAAUGCUCUAUCGCCGUUAUCAUUGGCUGCUGCCCUGCGUUCGCCGUCCUCGUUAAAGCUUUGCGACCGAAGAACUCAUACGAUUCACGUGGCUACCGGAGGCAGACCAAUAGCAACUCGGAUAAGAAAAGAGUGAGCAAAUUGGAGCUCAAUACAAUUGGGUGUAAAAGAGACCUGGAUAAAGGUCUUGGCCUAGAUACGACUGACUUGCACUGGGCCGAUGUGCAUAGUAGUCAGGAAGAACUAAGAGCGAAGCAUGACGGCAUCCUGGUUUCGACCACAGUGAUUCACGAACAAGACUCUAUAGAUGCUUUUGAAAGAGCAUAG